CACUCGGUGUAUCAAAUCACUCAGCUUCGUGCUACCACUUUUCACUCUCUCUUUUUCCCCAAUUUCUAGGGUUUUCAGAUUCCGCCAUGGCCGAUGUUGAGUACCGUUGCUUCGUCGGUGGUCUUGCCUGGACCACCGAUAGCCAUACCCUUGAGCAAGCUUUCUCCUCCUACGGCGAAAUCAUUGAUUCUAAGGUUGUCAACGAUCGUGAGACUGGAAGGUCAAGGGGAUUUGGAUUCGUGACCUUCACUUCUGAGGAGGCUAUGAGGAGCGCGAUCGAGGGGAUGAACGGCAAUGAGCUUGACGGCCGUAACAUCACUGUGAAUGAAGCCCAGGCUCGCGGCGGAGGCGGCGGCGGUGGCGGUCGUGGAGGAGGUGGAUAUGGAGGCGGCGGCGGUCGUCGUGAAGGUGGAUAUGGCGGUGGCGGUGGAUCUCGCGGCUAUGGAGGCGGUGGCGGUGGAUAUGGAGGAGGAGGCGGCGGUGGUUAUGGUGGUCGUCGUGAAGGUGGAUAUGGUGGUGAUGGUGGUGGCUCCCGCUAUGGCAGCGGCGGUGGUGGCGGCGGUGGAAACUGGAGGAGCUAGAUUGUUUGUUUACCCUAGGGUUUAUGAAUUAUGAUUAUGUCAGUUGAUUAGUUUGAUUUUGAGUAUCGUUUAUGGUUCCUUGUUAUUGUGGUGCUUAAUUCGAAUGUGGUUGUUUAUAAACCAUAUAUUGAAAAGAUAAUCAGAUCUUAGUUUUGUCAAA